AUGACAUUAGGACGGUUGAUGCCGCCGUAUCACCUUGGUGAACGGCUGGGCACCAAAGCCAACCUCAAUCUGAUUCUCAUGACAACGACCCUCGUCAACUUUUUGGAUCUGUUUCAGCUCUCAGCCGUCCUUUUUGGUCUCCCAGAUAUUGAAAAAGCAUUGGAUUUUACUAGCGAAGAUAUCAAUUGGGUGCUGAUUGUUUACAAUAUUACUUUUGCCGCCUUCCUCCUCAUCGGGGGCCAGUUGGGCCAGAGAUUUGGUUUGGAGAGGACAUUCAUUUCGGGCGCAGCAACCCUUACAAUAUCCAAUAUUAUCAACACAGCGGCACCCAACAAAGCGGCUCUGCUUGCCGGUCGUGCGAUUUCUGGGAUUGGAGCGGGACUGACUGCACCCAAUGGACUUGCGAUCCUGAGCAGGACCUUUCCAGAUGGCGAAGCUCGAAACAAGGCACUGGCAAUCUACACAGCUUGUGCACCUUUAGGAUCCACCAUCGGCACUGUGGUCGGGUCCCUUCUCUCCUCGUCUGAUGCUGGCUGGAGAUCUAUAUUCUGGCUAUGUCUAAUCCUCACCGGGCUGGCGCUUGUUCUAGCAUGCCUAUUUUUACCCUCGUUUGCCAAGAAAAGUGAUGUUCCAAUCGACAUAGUGGGAAGUGUGGUUUUUGUGAUUGGAAUCGCUCUGCUAGUUUACGGCCUCAACGACAGCCCAAGAAGCGGAUGGACCUCAGCGUCCGUCCUUGUGGGGAUAAUACUAGGAGCAUGUCUAUUGGUUGUCUUUAUCUUUAUUGAGAUGAAGGUUGCCAAUCCAUGUAUUCCUCGAUAUGUUUGGAAGAGCCUACCUUUCUUCCUCAUGCUUGUCGCUGUCUUUGCCUUUGGUGGAAGCUUUAGUUCGUGGUUCUUCAUUACUACGCAACUCUGUGUCAACCUACUGGGCUACACACCGGUUCUCACUGCGGUUUAUUUCUUGCCAGGUGCAUUUUCAGCAAUUGUCAGCGGGGUGUUGUCCGCUCCCAUGAUCAAGUUCACUGGAGAGAAGAUGACGCUGGUCAUUGGCCUUGCCAUUACAGCAGCCGGUGCUGUAGCUUGGGCAUUUGCAACCCCCGGGCUAGCCGGAGGAACCGGUCAUGAUGAUGGAUACUGGUACUCCAUUGUGGCCGCCAUCAUCUUUGUCUGUGGCAGCCCGGUUGCAAUGGUUCCAGCCCAAAGCAUUCUACUUCGGCAGGUCGAAACAACCAACCAUGCUGUGGCUAGUGCGCUAUUUAACACUGCUUAUCAAGUCGGGGCUAGUGUUCUUCUGGCCGGUGCAAACGCCUUCAUGAAUGGAAGUCGAAAGCCCAUUCAUGGAAUCAUGAUGGUAUCGAUGACUGGUUACAGAAACGCGUAUUGGCUACUAACCGGAGUACUCGGGGCCGCUGCAAUUAUAAUAGCUGUUUGUUACUGGCCUCGAGGAGCAAAACAGCCAGAGGGCCUCGUGGAGGAAGCUAUUGCAGACGGGGAAGAACAGACAGUGAAGGCUUAG